AUGCUUAAAACUAUAUCAAACGUUGGAUUGUACAAAUCUCUCCAAGUCAUACCCAAAAGUUCCGUAUCGUUCCGCUCCUUUGCAAGCACUCCAUCCAUUUUUAAUUCGAGUUCGAGCCCAACGUCGUUCAAGGACAUAUUGGACUCCACUAGCACUAUUGGCACCAGCGGAAAUGCCAAGAGUACCAUCACAGCAACAGCAUCAGAGCAGACCAGCCGUAAAAAUAGAAAAAAUGAAAGAAUCGUUUUGUGGAAAUUGAACGGAACGUUCAACAAGCACAAUACCCACUUGACUUUGAGUGCAGUGGUAGAAGAUCUCGAUUUCCUCGACAAGAACCCCAAUUUAUCUUACAAUGAACAAGUGUUAUACUAUCUCAACUUACCUCACCACCCUAAGGCACAUAUUUCGGCCGGUCAACUUGGAUUCAGAAAGGCUCAGAGAGCUGAGUACGAAGCAGGCUACCAAGUUACCAACAAGAUGUUCAAAUUGAUCGAAGAAAAGAGAUUCUUGGGUCCAAAUGACAAGAUCGAGUUGAUCUUAAAGAACUUUGGAAAAGGUAGAGAAGCAUUCCUCUCGGCUUUACAAGGUAAGGAAGGGUUAUACGUGAAGCCACACAUUGUGAGAAUUUCCGACGAUACCAAGAUCAAGUUUGGUGGUACCAGAGCCAAGAAGGCCAGAAGGUUGUAG